AGAGAACCGUUACCCAGUACUCAAAAAGGACUCUCAAUCUCCAACCAAAAGCUUGUGACUUUGGGGUUUGAAGAUAAAAAACAGUAACUGAAACGAAUCCGAAGAUUAACUCUUCUUCAUGGGUAUUUAGAGAAACAAAGAAAGGGAGGAGCGGAGGAAGAGCCAACAAAACGAUUCCUUUGAGCAAGACCCACAUUUGUUUAUAUUUCUUUCUGGCAAUAAUGGUUGCAAGAACCCCACCAAAGCAAAGGAAAAUUGUGGUGGCUCCUCUUAAUCCUGUCCUACUCAGAGAAACUGUAAAGAAGGUUGAGAAAUGUAUGGCAAGAUUGCAAGAGUUGCAGUGUACGGUGGCAGGAGGGACAAGGGUGAUAUCAGGGUUGAGUCUAAGUCCAAGAAGUACUAGGGGUUACUUGAGGACUAGUCUCAGGUGCAAGCAAGAGUCUUUGAGGAUCAAGAAUCCUGCCCCAAGGAAAUCACCAGUUGGGAAGUUUCCACCCAUUGCAGGAGGCGAAUGGAGGAGAAUGUCAUUGCCAGCAAUGCUAGUAGGAGAAACAGUGGCAGAAAUCCUUCAAGCAAGUCAAUUUGCAAGAGAGAUACUGGCAGCAGUUGAUAGCAAAACAGAGAAGACAACUGCUGAGGAUCCAAGAACUCCACCGCCUGAACAUAGACAGCAAAGACUACAGCCUGAAAACAUUGAACUCAGAGCUAGAAGAAAGAGGGAGAAACAGAACAAACUGCAACUAAUUCGGACAGAAUCCGACUCCCCAUCUCUUCAAAGGGCUCGUUCCAGGAUCAACUUCAAGGUUUCUCCUCCCAAAUUCAGGGAAUUUGAUAGGGAAAACAAUAGACAUGUGGCACAUAGGGUGUCACCAAGGAAUAGGCCAUGGGCUAAACAGACUUUUUUAUUCCCAAAUCCUUUGUUCAGUUCAACACCAGCUUCACAGCAACAAAAGUUCUGCAAGACAAGGUUUCCGGUGAUUGCAAGAAGUAGGCAAACUCCACAUAAGUUCCUGAUUAAGUCGCCUCCAUCAGUUUCGAAGUUUCAAGUCAAGAUAAAGAGCCCACGCAUGGUUUCUUUAUCCCCCACAAGAUCAACAAACAUGAGCAAAAAGUCACCAAAGGUGUCAGCUGCUUCCAAGCUGCGUAAAUCGUUUUCACCUUCUCGAUUGGCAAACAGAUUGAUGUCUCCAUUGAAGGGCAGAACAAGUUUGCAAAAAAGUAAAGGACCGAAACAGCGUCCAGGCCUAAGCAAUUCUCGACUGGGAGAAUUUAAGGGUCAUGAUCUUUCUUUGAUUUAUCAGUAUGGCUUGAAGUAAACUGUUCAAAGAUAAUAUUUCACAA